CGAAGUAUCGUUAAGGACAUUAUGUCAUCCAGACGAAGGAUGAGCACCACUGGCGCAGCUUGCGGCACGACAUGGGGUCUGGUGACCGCAAUGGGUACAUAGCGAACGACGUCAUACACCUGUCGGAGACCGAAGCGCGGUAGUCUGAAUCGUUCCUCUCCCUUCGUCCUAUCUAUAUUCACCACCGUCAUGUCUCUUUCAAGGCAUAUUGAUCCCGAAGUCCUCAUUCGCGAGAGCAAGGAUAAGGGACACCGUCAUCAUUUAGCUGGUACUGACCCCAGCAGAAUCAAUCAGCCCUACCAUGCGCGGUACGGGACGGCGAGUAUUCCAAAAUUUUGUAUACCUUCCAAGGGGGUAGAUGCAGAAGAGGCGUACCAACUUAUUCACGAGGAGUUAAGUUUGGAUGGGUCUCCCGCUCUCAAUCUUGCAUCCUUUGUUAACACUUGGAUGCCCGAGCCCGCCAAUAAAUUGGUCAUGGAGAACGUGUCUAAGAACCUUGUCGAUCAGGAUGAAUAUCCUAUGACACAGAACAUCCACACGCGCUGUAUUUCCAUUCUCGCUAAUCUCUGGCAUGCCCCGUCUACGCACAAUGCCAUCGGAACUGCAACAACAGGGUCAUCCGAGGCCAUUCAACUCGGAGGCCUCGCAAUGAAACGUCUCUGGCAAGAACGUCGCAAGGCUGAGGGAAAAUCCAUUCACGAACCUGGUCCCAACAUUGUCAUGGGCGCGAAUGCUCAGGUUGCACUGGAAAAGUUUGCGCGCUAUUUCGAAGUCGAAUGCCGCCUCGUUCCGGUGAGCGUCGAGAGCAAGUGCAGGCUCGAUCCCAAGAGGGCGAUGGAAUAUGUGGACGAGAAUACUAUUGGUGUCUAUGUUAUCCUCGGCAGUACCUAUACUGGACAUUACGAACCGGUGCAGGAAAUGUCUGACUUGUUGGAUGAUUACGAGAAAAAGACAGGUCACUCGGUGCCUAUUCAUGUCGAUGCAGCUUCUGGAGGCUUCAUUGCCCCAUUUGUUCAUCCCAAGCUUGCGUGGGAUUUUAGAGUGCCUCGGGUGGUUUCUAUUAACACGUCGGGUCACAAGUUCGGCCUUUCGUAUGUCGGUGUGGGAUGGGUAAUCUGGCGCACAAAGGAUUACUUGCCCAAGGAGCUUAUCUUCGAGCUCCACUACCUUGGCUCGGUGGAAUACUCGUUUUCUCUCAACUUCUCUCGCCCGGCGUACCCAAUUCUUGCUCAGUAUUUCAGCUUGAUACAUUUGGGUUUUUCAGGAUACCGUGCGGUAGCCUUAGCAGACCUGAAGAAUGCACGGCUUUUGAGCCGGGCUCUGGAGCGCACAGGAUGGUACACCAUCCUGAGUGACAUCCACAGAAGGAAACCGGGCUUUCAAGGGGCGGCUGGUGAUGAUGACAAUCCGGAGGUUUACCUGGAAGGACUUCCCGUAGUAUCCUUCCGAUUCUCGGACGCAUUCCAGCAACAAUAUCCCGAAAUUCAGCAGAAAUGGAUACAGACGCUUCUGCGAGCCAAAGGAUGGAUCGUACCCAAUUAUGAGCUUCCGCCUGAUUUGGAAAAGGUCCAAAUUCUGCGGGUCGUGAUUAGGGAACAUUUGGCUGAAGCACUCGUCGACCGACUUUUCGCAGACAUCGUUGAGAUUACACAGAACCUCAUCGAUCGAAGUUCAUCCGUGCAUGCGAUGGAAAUGCUGGAGGGGCAACAUAUUGUACGUAGUGACCACGAGGUUCUAGGGAAGAUGGAGAAAGGUUCGGGAACCCGGUCGUCGGGCACGUAUGCGAGGCAAUGUUGAGUACAUUGAUUGGUCUGAAGAGCUACGUUCGUGUACAUCAUUUGGCUGCAUGUGUACUGUAUUACUACGGUACCCCUCGCCGAGGGGUUUC